AUGACAAAAAGAAUAAAGUGGUCUUCGUUUCUUGUUUUGAUCCUGUCCACCAGCGUCAAGAGUCGUUCGUGGAGCAAGAUUGACAUCAUUCAAAAUGGUGUAGAUAUCCGAGAAGACUAUCUUGAGCAAGAUCGAACAGAAUUUGACCCUUUUGACUAUGUUUUUCCUACGACCCCUGAAGCAAGUGGAGCCCCUGGAACUACGCCAAUAGAUUCGCGACCUUGUGAGGGAUGUGACGAAAUAAAUCUUCAGGAUUAUCCUGAAUCGUACCCUACAAAUCCUGUGCCGUCGAAUCCGCCAAGGGGUUACUUCAACUACGACGUGUCCAGAACUUCACGCUUUGGUCCUGGAUACCCGUCAUAUUAUCAAUAUGGCAACGAAUUUCGUGUCAAGUAUGAAAACAAUGCUUGGGGGAGUGUAGAAAAGACCGAUAAAUUCAAUUACUAUUGGGACGAGUUUAGCGAUAAUGGAUGGGGUGCUUGGAAGAGCGUUCUCGCGAAUCAUAACAUGGAUCAAAGUGUUUGUAGCAGUGGAGCUAAUCAAAGUCCCAUUGAUAUCCGAUUGUCUGGUGUGGCGUGCGUUGAAACGCAUCAAAUUCGGCACAGGCCUGGUGAUUUUCGAAUUCAAGGAAGCAAUGUCAGGAGGCAAAUCCUGGGAAGUAAACUGCGUCUACUUUACGACCGUCGACCCUGCCAAGAUCUUUCUAAUGAGGCUUGCAAAGAACCAGAUCCGCCUUUUGCUGAUUUCCCGAAUGGUUGGGCGUCGGAUGCGGAUGUUUUACACAUCGAUUUCAAAGUCCCAGCAGAACAUCAAAUUUACGGAGAAAAGUUCGAUGCAGAGAUGCAGAUAUAUCACCUCCACCCCGGUCGCCGGCUAAUGCCAGCCGUUUCCAUUCUGUUCAAGGUAGAGACGAAUGGGCACAAUGCCAUUCUUCAGAUAGCAAUUGAUGCUUUUCAACACGAGUACGACGUCGAUCAAGCAAAAUGCGGACAGCACAAAAAGCGUGAUCGUAAGCUUGUUUCUGAUUUUCACUCUGCGGUGAUGAGAGGCAAUAAUACUCGAUCGGAAAUUGAUAACGAAGCAUGGGAUGACUUUUCCACAGACUUGGAUGACCCUGCCUUUGAGCAAAGAGAAAGGAACGCAAGACAGCUGACAGAGAAAUUCCAUCCAUACCACGGUGAUUUGAUGCGCACAGUCUAUUUUUAUGGAUACGACGGUUCCCUAACCGAGCCACCUUGCACCGAAAUUGUUUCGUGGUUCAUCAUGGACGAGCCAGCAAUCAUAUCUCCACAGCAACUUGCGCAAAUGAAGCAUAUCCUAUUCACCCACGUUGACGAGCAGUGUGAGAAGACCAGUUUGCAUUAUGAAGAUCGCGGAGUUGCUCGGCCGAUCCAAGAUUCUAAUGGUCGCAUGGUGUGGCACUGCACACGUAGCCAUUUCCCUCCAGAUUCGGAAAGACCCAGUUCUUGA